CCUGAGUGCUAUGGCGUAUUCCAAUAUAUAUACAUUCAGUGUUCGUGACAUAGAUUCGUUGUCAAAAUGGUGACUGCUGCUUUUCAUUGAAAAGGUAAACGUUGCACCGCGUCGAUUCGUUUUUCAAUUCUCGUGUUCUUCGGAUUGCGUUCGCAUAAUUCGCAUGGCUAGAAAGUGACGUAUUAUGUCCUCGUACACGUUCUCGCAGAAGCUGUUCACGCCGACGCCCCCGGAGCGGGGCAGCUUUCCGCUGGACCAUGAAGGCCGCUGCAAGCGCACAAUGAUCAAAUAUAUGCGCUGCCUAGCCGAGAACAGUAAUCAGAAUGCGAUGUGUCGCGAUAUUGCCAAGGAAUAUCUCGGCUGUCGUAUGGACCACGAUUUGAUGACGCGCGAGGACUGGUCCAAACUCGGUUUCGCCGAUGAAAUCAAGAAAACGUAACACCGAGAUCGUCUUCAAGAGUGAUAUUCCGUAUCUCGCAAAAAAAAA